GCAAACCACCCCCAGCGCCUCCACCACAGCCACACACCACAGGUAGGGGAGGGAGGAGAGAAGAGGAAGCCGAGAGGCGGCGGCGGAGAUGGUUUCCCUGAAGCUGCAGAAGCGGCUCGCCUCGAGCGUGCUCAAGUGCGGCAAGGGCAAGGUCUGGCUCGACCCCAAUGAGGUCAACGAGAUCUCCAUGGCCAACUCUCGCCAGAACAUUCGUAAGUUGGUUAAGGACGGGUUCAUCAUCAGGAAGCCCCAAAAGAUCCACUCAAGGUCCCGUGCACGCAGAGCCCAUGAGGCAAAACAGAAGGGCCGUCAUUCUGGAUGUGGUAAGCGCAGGGGUACCAGGGAGGCUAGGCUUCCCACCAAGAUUCUGUGGAUGAGGAGGAUGCGCGUGCUCAGGCGGCUGCUCCGCAAGUACCGUGAAGCAAAGAAGAUCGACAAGCACAUGUACCAUGACAUGUACUUGAAGGUCAAGGGUAACAUGUUCAAGAACAAGCGUGUGCUUAUGGAAAGCAUUCACAAGUCAAAGGCUGAGAAGGCAAGAGAGAAGACGCUCUCUGACCAAUUUGAGGCUAAGCGUGCCAAGAGCAAGGCAAGCCGUGAAAGAAAGAUUGCCAGGAGGGAGGAGAGGCUUGCUCAGGGCCCAAGGGACCACUCCGCACCCGCAGCAGCAGCAGCUCCUGCCCAACCUGCAGCGACACCAAAGAAGGCAAAGAAGUGAAGACCUGACGUUUAAGCGUUCUGUUUACUGGGUGAAAUCAGUUUGUUCUUAGCUAAAGUUUGAAGUAUGAACUGUUUUGUUCAGUCUUUAAGUAUCUUUAUCCCAGAUACCCUGGAUACAAUGUUUCAUGCUACUGGAUGUAGUAUUAGAUGCGUAUGCAAAGUUCCUUAUGAAAUGUUGUUGCUUAA